AUGUUCAAGAAGUUCCGUCGCAGCAGCAAAGACAAGGUCGAGCAACGCAGGCUUUCAGAGCAACGAAGCACCUCAGCCCAGCUCUCCCCAGUCGCCACCAACAACACCAACAACCAAAAAUCAUUCUUCUCCCUCCCAGCCGAACUCCGCAACGACAUCUAUGAACUCGCAGCAUCCGAAAUCACCCUCCAACUCUUCAACCCAACCCCCUCCAAAUCCCAAAAAACGAAACCCAUCCCAGCCCUCCUCCUCGCAAACCGCCAGUGUCGAAACGAAUUCCUCCCCGUCCUCCUCUCCACCGCAUCCAUCAAAGCCUCCAUCACCGACUUCGACUUCAACCCCCUCCUCCGCGUAACAGGAAGCCUCUACUCCACCGAACUUAAAGCGCUCCGCGCCAACCCCAACCUGAAAAUCUCCCUGCGCGCGAAGAAGUGCCCCAAUGACGCCUAUCCCAACCUCCGACGGUGGUGCAUCAACCGCGCUUCGUCUUUAGACCGCUUGCCGUGGUCGUACGGGGUGGAUGUCCCGGAUACUCAGCAGUUGCAGUGGUACGCGGAGCGGGCGAGGGUGUUGUUUGAGAAGUUGGGCGAGGAGCCGAGUGUACGGGCGGAGGUGCAGAGGGUGUUGGAGGUUUUGGAGGAGGGGCUCGGGAGGGAUUUGUUGGGGCAGAGGGGCUGGAGCGGUGGGUAUGGGGAUGAUUUUGUUGCGGUUGCGGCGUUGAGGAGGAGGAAUAAUUUGGAGGGGGCGUUGCAUGCUGGUUGA